AUGACUCUGCCUUCUGGACUACGUGGCUUCCCAAGUUUCGUUUUUUUCGUUGCAAAAAUCGGAGCUAUUUUGCUUCUGGCGUUCCACGGAAUGCUGGCUUUUAUGCUGAAUAUCGCAAACUUUAAUGCGGUGAAGGAAGGAGGACCGCUUAUGAUGAACGUGGUGGGAAAUGUGAAGCAAGUGGUAAUGAUCAUCCUGUCCGUAGUCCUGUUCAAUAAUAAAAUGAAACCGAUCGGAGUCAUUGGAUCGGUUAUUUGCAUUACUGGAUCAAUGUGGUAUUCUAUGGGUAGAAUUGGGGUGUGGGAGUGA